AUGCCGUGGCAAUCGUUUAUACCAUGGUCAAAUUCAUUAAAAACACGUGCUUGUCGUCAAUUAAUACAUCAUUAUUUAGGUGUAUUUUUUCAAGAAAAACUUUCACUUGAUCAAUUAUCAGUCGAUCUAUUUUCCGGUCGUGGACAAGUUAAAGAUGUUAUUCUAAAUUUAAAUGCUUUAAAUGAAUCAUUAACAAAUAAUAAUAUACCAUUCGAAGUCGUUAAAGCAUAUGUUGGAGAAAUAAAUCUAUUAAUACCAUGGACAUCAUUAUUACGUGAUAAUUCUCUGCUGGAUAUUAAAGAUUUGGAAAUAACUAUAAGACCAAAACAAACCAAUGAUCAAAAUGCAACAGAUGCAAGUUUUGAAUUAUCAUCAAUGUUUAAUAGCAUGAAUACAAGUAUGCUUAUUGCACAAGAAUGUUUGAAAAAUGAAACAGAAGAAGAUACAACAUAUCAAGGAUUAGAAACAUUCGCAGCAACAAUUGAUUCGAUACUUGCACGAGUUAAAGUAACACUAAUCGAUACUGUUAUUCGAUUAGAACAUUUAAUUGAUAAUAAUGAUCAUGGUGUUGCACUUGAAAUUCGUAUAAAAAAGUUUGAAUAUUUUGACAGUGAAGCAACAAGUAUUGAUAUGACAGUAGCAUCUGAUACGAAUUCAAUAAUGCGUCCAACUGUAUUUACAAAUAAAAAUUUUGUUUUAAGUGGUGUUACACUUUAUACCGAUGAAUUUUCUAUACAUAAAGAUUCUUCAAAUAUGACUGAUUCAUCGGAACUUAAUCUACCUAAUCGUUCAACAGCAGAUAGUAUGACGUCAAGUGCAUUAACAAAUAGUUCGUCAUCAGUAAUGACUACAACAUCAAAUGGCAAUACUCGAAUGUUUGGAUAUGAAACAUUUGAUCCUGUUUUAUGUUUAACUAUUUCGGGUAAACAAGAUAUUCGUCUUAAACUUAAACAAUCCGAACAAAUCUAUGGGCCAAAAGUGGAAAUCGAAGCACACUGUGGUUCAGUUAAUUGUUUAUUAACACCAAAACAAUUACAAUCAUUAAUUAUUCUUCUUACUGCAUAUCAAAAAGCUGCACUUAAUUCAACAAGUGACUCUAAUUUAUAUAAUUCAUCCUCUGUAAAUAAUCGUCCAAUGACGGAAGAUGAUUUUCGACGUAUUGAACAAAAUUUAGCUGAAGAAAUUCGUAAGAAAAAUUGUCAAAUGGGUUCACAACAAUAUGAUAAUGAUUAUUAUCAUUAUUCAGAUGUUGAACAAACACCAGAUCCAUCUGAAUCUAUGUUUUGUUCUGUAAAAGGAAUGUCAACAAGUAUUGAUCUUGAAUCAUCUUAUACAAGUAGUCAUCCAGAUUCAGCUUCAACAUCAAGUCAUCGCCGUCGUUCAUCACCUCAUCGUAAUUCAUCAACAAAUCAGUCAACAGUUGAUAAAGCACAUUUAAAACAAACAACAAAACGUUUACUUGAACAAAGUCAAUCAAUAAUUAGUACAAAAUGUCGUUUACAAUUUAAUUUUAUUUCCUUAUGUUUACUUCAUCGUGAUAUUGAAACAAGUUCAACUUCACUUAAAGAUUUUGCUGAUAGUUAUUUUUCAAAUAUAGCAACUAUCAAUACAUCAGGAAUGCUUGAUGAUAGACAAAUAAAUGAACAUCGAUUAAAAUAUUCUCAAGCUUGUUUACAAGAUCAUAUUUCACUUAUUGGAAAACCAUUAAUUAUUGAUUUUAUUCAACAAUCAGCAGAAAAUUGUCUUUGUUUAGAAUUGGAUAUACGAUUUAGUUCUGUAGAUUUAUGUGAAUGUUUAUUACCGGAAAAUACGAAUGUACAACAAAGAACAACGAAUGAAAAUAAACAAAUGAUAUUCAAUAGAUUAUUAUCAUUUAAUCGUACAAAUGAAGCAAAUUUCGAUUCACUAUCAUCAUUUCAAGUUCCAUAUAAUGGUAUACAAUCCUCGAUUCAAAUAUCUCUCACAAAUUUCGAUAUUAAUGAAACAAAAAAAAAGAAAUCUGUCAGUGCAUUUAGUCGUCGUCUUGCAACAUUAAGACCAUUUAGUGAUGUAAAUAUCCGUUUAGCAUCAUGCCAAAUCGAUUUUGAUGUAUCAAUUAUCGAUCGAAUUUACUCGACUAUCAAUGCAUGCCAAACAAAUAAUUCAUCAACAACAAAUCAAAAUUCUAGCAAUUCUCUCACAAUGUUAUCAAUAAGUUCUCCGGGUUGUAUUCUUAAUUUACGAUUUCCCAUAGCUGAUUUACAACCAUUGAGUAAACGUCGACCAUGGUGGAUCCAAGCAAUUCAUAAAGAAAUUUUAACAUUUGAUUUAAAACAAGUUAAUUUUCAAUCGGAUUUUGAUAUUGAUGAAACAACAACAUUAACAAUAACAAGUGAAUCUAUUCAAGUUUAUUUUAUGGAUAAUAUUAAUUCGGAACGAUCACAUAUUGCACAGCUAUCAUCGAGUAAUGGUGAAAUAAUAAAAUUAAUUAUUAAUUUAAAUGAUUUAAAAAAUUUUGCAAUUAGUCAAUUAAAUCCUGUAAUGACCGAUACAUUAUUUGAUUCAAUUUUUUGUCGUUUACCAACAAAUGAUAAUAAACUUCCAUUAAAAAAUAAAAAUACAUUAAAUGAUAAUCGACAAGUACUUGAAGUUGCCGAUGCUGAUACAAUACAUAAAUUUAUAUCAUCGUGUAGUCAAGAAACAAAAUUAAAUAUACAUAUUAUUAUUCCAUAUAUAUUAUUUUAUAUACCGAAUCAAGUUUUUCUUGAUACUAUUUAUAAUCGUUUUGUAAAUAAUUUAUUUAUGUGGGAAAGUUCAGCACCAAUUAAUAAUGAUAAUUUAAAUCAAAUGUAUGCCACAGCAAAUUAUGGUGGAAAAUUAAUAAAUUCAUUGGGAAAUACAACGAAUGAACAAGCAUUUCAAACAUGUCGAUCAAUUAUUAAACGAAUUAAUAGUAAUUCAUCGGAUGAUGAUCAAGUUAUUUCAGAUGAAGAUGAUGAUGAACAAGGAGGACUUACACCAAGAGGUUCAAAGAAAAAAGGUCCACAUAGUUUUGUAUUACAUCUUAAUGUACAAGAUAUUCACGUAGCAGCUAAUGCACCUAUGGGUGAUAAAAUUCCUCGAGAAUCUCGUGCAAGAAAUGCGAAUAUUGGUGAAUUUCGUUUUGAUGGACAAGGUUUAACACUUGCAAUUGUUGAUGGAUAUCAAGGUGAUGUAAAUCUUCAAUAUUUUUGUUUAUUAAGUCAUUCAGCAUUACUUUAUCAUAAUGGAAAUGCAACAGCAAUGAAAUCUAAUAUAUCAUUACAUGAAGUUCUUAGUCGUUCAUUACCAGAAUUAUUAACACGUUUACCAUCAGAUGCAUUUCCAAAAUAUAAUAAUAAUGGUACAAUGGUUCGUGCAGCAUUUGAAAUUCGUUCAACUGGUGAUCGAAGUGAAGGAAAACAGAAAAUGAUUCGUGGAUCAUUUACAGUUGAAGGUGCCAUGCUUCAUCAAAAAAUACUACCAAAAGAAGAAAUUUGGCUUUUACAACUUAUGGAAUUAUUUGAUUUCACUGAUGAAGAAGUUGCUGGUUAUAUUCCAUCAGUUACGCUUGUUGAUUGGCAUUUAGAAUUUCGUCAUUGUGCAAUUUAUUAUCGACCCUUAUAUUCUGAUACACGAUGUUUUGUUGCUCUUGAUUCAUUAGCAGUAACAAAUACAAUUGUUAAAAGCAGCAAAACAACAUUAAUUGAAAUUAAUCUCGAAGAUUGGGCCAUUUAUUUAUCAAAACAAAAACGUGAUCGUCAUCAAAUUGAUUUAUUAAAUGAUUAUAUAUCUGUUAUCAAUGGUGGAGCAUUUGAAAUAAAAUUAUACUUUAAUGAACCUACUGAAAACAUGCCAAUGAAUGAUCCAUUACUUGAUAUUCGUAUUGCAUGUAAUAUGAUACAUAUUCGAACAUGUUCGGAUUCAGCAAAUGCUUUGAGUGAAUUAUUAAAAUAUGUUGUAACACAUGGUGAUCUUCAACAGCAACAGCAACAACAACAGACACAUGAAACAGGUCGAAGUAGUACACCUAUUGAAAGAGUACGAAUUGAUCGUCCAGUUCGAAUGAUGAGUGAAGAAACAAUUAAUAAUGAACAAUCAAAAAUAGAUGAUACAUCACAUCAAGAAAAAUUACUUGCAGAUGCUAUGGCGGACGAUUAUCAUGAACCAAUAGGUUCAAUGAAUGAAUCUGGUAUUAAAUAUCAUAGUAAUGAAAAUGCUAUAUUAAAUAGUCAUUCAUCAGAUGUUGAAUGUGGUUCUGUAUUUUCUUCAUCAACAUAUGGUAAAGAUGACGAUGAUGAUGAUGAUUCUUUACCAAUUAUAGGACGACAAGUAACAUAUAGUGGUGAAAUAAAUCGAGAUUUUGAAUUAAUUGAACCUGAAGUUGGAAUGUGUCGACCACCUGAAAAUGGUUUAUAUGAAGUUCAUGUGCUAAGUGAAACUCCAAUACAAAUUCAUGAAAAUCAUUUUCCUAAACCAUUAGAAAGAAAUGAUAUUCUUAAUGCUCCAGCACAUUUACCAGUUCCAACAUUAAGAUUUUCAAUUCGACAAAUUUCAAUUGUCUGGCAUAUUUAUGGUGGAAGUGAUUUUGCAUUACCAAAACCAAAUGAUAGUCAUCAACAACCGGUACAAUUAAAUAUUAAUGAAUCUGUUCGAUUUAAUGCAGCUUCAGCUUUAUCACCAACGCAAGAAAAAGCCGGUGGUCGUUUAUAUAGUUCAUAUGAUACAACACGUUUAGCACGACAUGAACGUGGUGGACCUUGUAGAGAUUUACGAACAAGUAUGGAAUUUUCAAUCAGUAAAGCACGAUGUCAAUAUGAAACUUAUGAUGAACAAGAAAAAGCUUCAUCAAGAUUUGUAUUUGCUAUACAUGAAUUUGAAAUACGUGAUCGUCUAUUAGCAAGAUCAGAAAUUAAUAAAUUUUUAUAUUUAUAUACAACUGAAGCAGCACCAAGACGAACACAUGCUGAUAUGUUGGUUGUUAAAAUUUUAAAUACAAAACCUGAAGGUUAUUUAAUGAAAACUCUUAAUGAUGAAUUUGAAAAUGGUAUUAAUCCAAAUUUAUCAGCAGAACCACUUGAAUGUGAAAUAAAAGUAUCAUUACAGCCUUUAAGAAUUAAUAUUGAUCAAGAUACAUUAGUAUUUAUGAGAAAUUUUUUUGUUAAUUUAACAAAUACAACAAAUACUCGUGAAAUAUCACCACCUAUACCAGUUAAUACGGAAUCAAAUGUAAAUAAUGAUUAUCCAUCAUCAUCAUUAGAUUCUGAUCUUAGUACAUCAUCUUCAUCACAUUAUGCAGCAUCUCCAAUAUUAAAUACAACAACAACUAAUGCAGGAGAUACUUCAUCAUCAUCAACGAAUUCAACUGUAUUUAUAAAACAUUUUGUAUUUUCACCUGCUUGUCAUAUUCGUAUUGAUUAUCGUGGUAAACUUCGUAAUGAACAAUUAUUUGAUUCGGGCCCAUUUUUAAAUUUACUUAUUGGUUUAGCACAAUUAGCUAAAGUUGAUAUUUAUUUAAAGCGUAUUUCUUAUAAACGAGGUUUAUUAGGUUAUGAAAAAUUAUUAACAUUUUUAUUAAAUGAAUGGUUAACUGAUAUACAUCCAACAGAUGUUAUUAAAGGCAUUGUACCAUUAUCAUCCAUAUCACAAAUAAUUCUUGGUAUAAAAGAUUUAUUUUAUUUACCUAUUGAUCAAUAUCGUCGUGAUGGUAGAGUUUUACGUGGUAUACAACGUGGUGCAUCAUCAUUUACAACAAGUACAGCUUUAGCUUUGAUUGAAUUAAGUAGUCAAGUUGUACGUUGUGCACAUUUUGCUGCAUUAUUAUGUUUUGAACUUGUUUCAUCAUCAACAAUACCACCAAAUGAAGCAAUUACUUCAAAUUCAUCACCGUCAUCAUCAUCAUCAAACCAAACAAUUAUGGUACGAAAUCAUCCACCACCGAAUGAUAUACGUGAAGGUGUUACAUAUGCUGUUAAUGUUAUACGACAAAGUUUUAAUACCACAUCACAUCAAUUAAGAACAGAAGCACAAUUAGGACGACGACGAAAAGGUGUUUUAGGUGUUGUUGGUGGUUUAUUAAGACAAAUGCCAUCAGUUGCUAUUCAACCAAUUGUAACAACAACAAAAGCAGCGGAAAAUUUUCUUGUUGGUGUACGAAAUCAAAUUGAUCGCGAUGAAAGAAAUGAUGAUAAAGAAAAAUAUCGAAGUGAACAUAACUAA